CCCCAUCACCCAUCCACCCACACCACCACAUACCACACCACACACCCAUCUACCUUCAUCCACACCCUCCACACACACCCUCCCACACCUCCGACUUCCGCCCCCCGCCUCACCUUCGUCCUCGUCCUACUUAAGCUUUUGAUACACCUCUCCGCGCGCUGAUCUUGGCGCCGAAGAUUCAUCGUAUUCACCUCACCACCACACCACCACUACCUCGAUCUCCGCUCUUUCACACUUACACUCACCUCAUCCUAAUCAGCGACGACAACUCUCCACUCUACACAUACAUCCCGCGAGAUAUCUACUGGCGCAUAAACACAUUGCCCAUAACACCCGCCUCGAGCGCAUCAUCAUCGACCACCCCAUCCGAACCCCAACAUCACAGCGUGUCAUUCAACCUCACGACAACCCACGACAACCCACCAACCACCCUCUCAACGAUACACCAACUGCCACCCGCAGAAACCACCACAAUGGCGCGCCUCUACCCAUCCAAUCUCGCCAUCUAAUCACCCCCUCGCCAAACCUUCACACCACCCUACCCACCCACGCGCGCGCGCGUGCCCACCGCCAUCAUGCUCGGCAAGCUCUUCUCGAACGCCGCCUCGAGCCUCACCCCCUCGCGCGGCUCCCCCUCCCCCUCCCGCCCAACCUCCUCCCUCGACUCCGUCCAAGAGGACAUCCACACACGCAACCUGAUCUUCCCCGACGCCGAAGCCCUCUACGCACACCAACACGAUCAAGUCUUCCCCAUGACCUCCUCCACCGUCAGCAUGCUCACCGCCGCCCCGGGGUCCUUCGACACGAACCCCGAGAUCGAGCUCGAGGCGCGAGAUGUCAGGGUAGUGGUCAUGCAGGAGGCGACAUCGACGUUUAAUUCCGCCGCGCUGAUGUACGACAGCCACCCUCACCUCGACGCGGCCGCCUGCCCCGUGCUGAAUACCAGCUUCGCGACGUCCGGGCGCGGCGGGCGCGGCGCGGGCGCGGGGGGGGCAAAUACGACCGCCACCGCGCGGCGCACGAGCAUCGGCGCCAAGCCCGUGGUGAUUACACAAGAAGCGCCCCGCUUUGGGGCCUUUGACCGGCGCCCGAGCGCGCAUUCACGGCAGGGGAGUUAUGUGGAGACGGAGGGACAGAGGACGAGUAGAGAGUAUAGGGAGGAGAUCGCGACGAUUGCGAAUUGUAUGUUUGGCGCCAGCGACGUCAUGGCGCAUAAGGGCACGGGGAGUAAAGUGCACAUCCUCCCCACCGAGCCGCGGGGCGCGCAGUACCCGUUUGAAGGCGGUCAUGGGUCGCUCGGCCGGUCGAGUAUGAGGAGUGGGAGUCGGCUGGCGCAGAGUUUUACGUCGGAGAGUUUGGGGAGGGGAGAGGGGAAUGCGGGGGGGGGGAGGAAGAGGGUCCUUGUUACGAGGAUCUUUCCAGUGCCGUUGUUGGGGGAUGGAGAGGAGGAGACGCCGGGGGGGUUUGAGGGGCAGGGGGGGUUUCCGUUUCCGAAGGCGGGGGAGGGGGGGGAGAGGGAGAAGGAGAGGAAACCGAAGCAGAAGAGGACGCCGAUGUAUGCGAUUGGGUUGGUUAUUCAGCUGCCUGCGACGCAGAAUUCACCGUCUACACCGAGAUCAGCGUAUCGUGGUGUCGGGUCAUAUGCAGAGAACGAGUCGGUCUCCUCGUCAUUCAACUCGCUGCGGCCGAGCUGGACGGUGCUAGGAUCAGGAUUCGGCGUCGAAUCCCUGGACUCAUCAUUCAUCAGCGACGUAGACGACCGCAUCGACAUGGUCACCCAACAUUGGGACAUCAUAAUCCGCACCCUCGACCACCUCCAAGCCGUCGCCUCCUCCGACAUCAUCGCCCUCCUCAAACAAGUCGACGUCGCCUCCCCCGACCCCACCGCAGGCCGCGCCCCGCACCACACCCGCACCGCCAGCAUCUCCGUCUCCGGCAAGCGCGUGGAAGAGAACAUCAACGUCAAGCCGCUGAAACCUAUCCGCACAAACGUCAAGACCGUGCAGUUAAUGCCUUAUGCCUUGGCGCACAACCAUAAGCUGCGCGCGGAGAUUGAGUUCGCGCGUCAUCGCAUUGUGGGGGGGAUUAAGAAUCUGCAGGUUAUUACGAGGCAGGGAAGAUGGGGGAUUUGGAGGGACGAGGCCCGCUGGGUUAGGAGGUGGGCGGGGGGAAAGGAACAGGGUUUCUUUUUUUAUAACCUCCUCACCGUCUUCCUGGGGACGCAUACAGAGUGGCUCGAAGCCAUCGGACCGACCUGGUACAGGAGACGGAAUUACAAACAACAGCGCGGCGGCGGACGGGAUGAGGACAUGCCUAUCAAAGCACGCACCAUCAUCGUCGCGGCUGAUAAGAUGGCAGCGCGAAGACUUAUAUUUCUGUUAUCGGCGUUUUUGCCGAAUAAUCAACAUCAUCAGGUCCCCUUUGUGCGCCAACAUCGCCCCGGGACUUCGGUGUCGGGGGGGGCGUUCUCGCAGUCCCCGCCGUCAUAUGUACCGCUUAAUCCGAGGGAAGAGUCGUUGAGGAGACGGGUUAAUAGACCGAAAAUCAAACCCUCCACCGCCAAUUCAGCACAACAAGCGCCUAUCGUCGUAGCGAACCAAACUACAGAACAACCACAUCACACACACCAACGACGACCCUCUGAUGCGCCAUCUUUACCACCUGGCGCCCUACCCGUCCCAGCAGCUUACAACCCAUCCCGCCAACCUGGCCUCGCUACAACAUCCACCGCUAACCCCAUCCCGGCCUUACCGCAUUUCUCAACCCGUCGCCCCGUGCGCGGCACCGGUCCCGCGCCUCGACCGGGGAGUAGCGGUAGUCUCGCAGCAGACGAUCUGAUUCGGAGUUUAAAGCGGGGGGAUACGGGGGAGGAGAGCUCGUCGCGGUGGAGUGGGGUGUUAGGCAGUUUAUGGGGAGGGAAGAGAAGAGGGAGUACUGAUGUCAGUGCCCCGCAGCCUAGCCAGGGAGCUGGGGGAGAGGAGAGGGGGAAGUUGGCGGAGAUGAUGCAUGCGCAGCGUCGCGAGGAGAGGAGGGGCGGGACGGACAGAGACGGGGGGGUGAGGGAGACGACGAGUACCACAUCCCCGCAACCCGUCGCACCGCCACCGCCCUCCUCGGCGGGGGCGACGCAACCCAUCCACCCUAGCGGCGCCUACGAAUCCCCCGUCAAAACCUCAAUCACAGAAGACGGCGUAAUCGACAUCGACGUCCCCCUCCCCUCUCUCUUCCCCUCCUUCCCUCCGCCGCACUCCGCCUUGUCCUCCCCCUGCUCUAGUGGGAUUUUCUCUUCGAGUGCGGGGAUGGGGGUAGGGGGGGAGUUGGAGGGAUUUGAGAAUUUCACUGGCGGGGGGGGAGGGGAUGAUGAGGGCGCGCUUAAUGUGGGGGGGUGGGUAGGGAGGUUUCAUCCUGAUUUCGUACUGCAGGCUCUUCCGGUUUCCACUGUGGAAGCUGCGCCGGCUGCUACUUCGAAUUCUAACCCGAAAUCACCGACGCAGCCGGCACCGCCGCAGCCGUCGCUGGAGGAUCAGAUUCGUGCGACUAUGGCGGCCGAACCUACGCCGCCGGUUCCGGUAUCAGCUACGCGCAAUGGGGAGGAGGAGAGGUGGAUUACUAUCUCCACUGCCCUUAUCGCUGAUACAGUGGCGUUCACGCUCAAACGCCUCAUCCUCCGCCGUCUCAUCCGGCUUCCCACCUCUCCACCAGCAUCAGCAGGUGAAUCAGCAGGGAACUCGUAUGACGGCCGCGCAAGCAUCUACGGAAACCCAUACCCCGGCGUCCUCGGGAGCACAAGCCCUGCAGAAGGUGGUGGGGGUGGUGAAGUAAUCAAAGAAGAGUGGGAGGUGGAGAUGUGCAUCUCCUUCGAUACUGCACUUAUCGAGGCGGUGGAGAGGGUCAUGGCUUCACCUGCUGGGAUGGCGGGUGCGCAGAUUGCAGCUGGGGGAGUGAUGGGGGUGCAGAAACAGAGAUCUGCUAGGGCUAGUAAGAAUCCCAGCGCUGGCAGCUCAGCAGGUAGUUCGAGGAGUGGGAGUCGAAUCCGCGUUGUUGUGCCUGCGCCUUUGCCGUCACCCGCACCUGUUCUGGUUAGCGGUGCUGGUCCUAAUUCCUCUUCCGCCCCCCCUGGUUCCUCCGGUGCUACUGGCAACGGAAACGGAGCAGUAGGGGAGAGGAGAGGGGAAACUGGGACAGCUGGGGAAGUGAAGGAAGAAGAAGUUCCACGCGCGGAGGUGAGGACGGUAUUGUUAUCGGCGCUGGAGGGGAUCGCGAAUGAAGUCGCGGAGGCGAGAUCUAGUGUGCCUGAGGGAGCGUUGGUGGGGGGGGAAGGGGAUAGUUUUUUGAGAGAGGGGGUGGGGAGGUGGUUGGAGGGGGUUGAUGAGGGGGUUCUUGGGUGAGGAUGGUAUACUGAGGGCGAUCAAUGGAGUUUGGAGGGGAUGGGAGAUGAGAGGGGGGCGUGAGAAUUUUUGGGAGCGGUUUUAGCGGAUUGAAUUUUUUUUAAGGGGUGGUGCGGGAGUGUGGAGUGUGGAGUGUGAGGGGGGGCAUAUUUGCUGACUUUUAUGGGGUUGAAGGGUUGAGAAGAUGCUUGCUUGGCUGGCUUGUGCUGGGGUUUUUAUUUGAUUUUAAGGCCG